GGUGUUGCUUGCUGGUUGGUGUCGGUAGAAAGAGAGAACAUGUCGAGCGUGCUAAGGUGUAGGGCAGUGCAGGCCCUGAGGUGCUCCUCAAUUCUGCAGGCCCGAGCUUUCACCGUUACAGCUGCACCAAACCAAGUAGCAGCAAAGGCAGAAGGAAUUAUAGGAGAGGAGCAGAAAGUCGCAGCAAGACCAGUAUCAGAAGUCCCAGGACCACGGAAGUAUCCUAUUUUGGGGACCGUGCCAUCCAUGCUUAUUGAUGACUCCUUCAAGAGCAAACAACUUCACCACUAUUUUGAAAAAAUAGUUAAAAUGUAUGGCCCAAUCGUACAAAUUCACUCCCCAUUCAAUCCUCCAGCGGUUAUUAUAGUGAACCCUGAUGACUGCGAGAUUAUGUUACGAGCUACAAUGGAAAACCCUAUCAGGGAUGGGUUUCAUUCUCUUAAGAAGAUUAGGCAAAACGCUGUUGACAAUUACUUCAAUCAUAAAACUGGAUUACUGUCAGAAAAUGGAGAGGAAUGGUGGCGCGUCCGUAGCCGUGUUCAAACCUCUAUGAUGAAGCCAAAGAACGUGGUUUCAUACUUACCCGAGAUGGAUCAGAUUACUCUCGACUUCAUGGAAAGAAUUGCUUACCUACAAUCACAGCACGGAGAAAUGCCAAGUGACUUUCAGAAUGAAAUCUACAAGUGGGCUCUUGAAUCUGUUGGUAUUGUAGCACUGAACCGCCGCUUAGGUUGUCUUGACCCAAACAUUACAGAGGAGUCGGAGCCAAUAAAACUAAUUAAUUUGGUAAACGAAAUAUUUAUUGAUAUUAAUCACCUAGAGUUCAAUUUGCAUAUUUGGGAGGUGUUUCCAACCCCAACUUACAAAAAACUCAAGAAUAAUCACGAGGAAUUCUUAAAGUUGGCAGACCGGAAUAUACGCGAGACAGAAGCUUCAUUGUUAGCCCAGGCUCCUGAUGAUGACCGGGAACUGACGCUCAUGGAGGCACUUCUCCUCAAGCCAGGACUGACCCGUAAAGAUGUUGUCACACUCAUCCUUGACAUGCUCUUUGCUGGCAUUGAUACCACCUCACACACACUGGGUUUCACCUUGUACUUGCUAGCCCGAAACCCAGAGGUACAGGCACGACUCCAGGAGGAGGUGGACACAGUACUUGGGGACCACCAGGGGCCACUCACUCCAAAACACUUGGCUCAACUUUCCUAUCUCAAGGCUGUCAUCAAAGAAUCCAUGAGGAUCUUCCCAAUAGUGAUUGGCGUGGGCAGAACUUUGGAUAAGGAUGUCGUGCUCAGUGGAUUCCUAGUUCCUAAAGGGUGGGCAGCUUUCGCCAUUUCUAGGGUAAUGAAUUUGGAUGAGUCACUGUUCCCUCGACCAAAAGAAUUCAUUCCUGAGCGUUGGCUACGACACAAGCCUCUGGGGCCCAUUCAUCCUUAUGCCUUCCUCCCCUUUGGUGCUGGGACCAGGAUGUGUAUUGGUCGACGCAUUGCUGAACAGGAAAUGUACACCUUCCUUACAAGGGUUAUGCAGCGGUUCACAGUUGACUAUCAGUAUGAAGAUAUUGACAUGGUGUGCAAGCUAGUGUUCACUCCCUCGCAACCACUCAAGUUCAGUUUUACAGAAAGGCGCUGAACAGCGUUGUGAAUUAGAGAAAUUUAUUGUGUUGCAACUUUAACUUAGAACAUUAUACUUUACUGGUUACUGUUAUAUAAUCAAGAAUGAAAAGAUGCAGAGGACACCACGGUUAACUUUAUUGUAAUCAAGAAGUUACAGUACAUAUAUGAAAUACUGUUGACAAAAGUGCCGGCUACCUAAAAAUAUUUAGUUUACUGGAAUGGAAAUAAUAUAGCUAGCCAGAAAUUUAUGAAGCUGAAAUCUUUUGUGAAAAUAUAAUAAGAGCAACCAUGUCGUCAGUGAAUGCCUCUGCAGUGUCUGGUAAGAUCAGUAGGUAAGACUUACAUUAUCAUAUAGUUAUUGUAUCUCUGUAGUUUGUCAUUAGUUCACUUAGAUGUCUUGUUUGUAAACCCCUCCAUGAUUCAUUAUGAAUUAAAAUAUUUUAUAUUUG